AUGGAUGAUUUAGAAAGACAGAUAAGAGAAAUACCUGAAAUCGAUUUUUUUAAUAAAUUAGAUUCAAUUCAGGACUCCGAAGAUAUGAACGUACAGGAAUAUGUAAAGGGCUGUAAUCAUUUGCAAACAUAUUACAUAGAACGAUAUUUUCGAAGAAUUAUUAAGAAUUAUGUUCUUUAUGAUAAUUGCAUAAAAAAUUAUUCUAAAGAAAAAUGUUGUCGAUUUUUUAAAUACUGGAUACAUAAAGAAAAAAAUCAUUAUAAGAAAUCAUAUAGUAAUCAGAGUUCAGUAUGGGAAUAUUGUUUUCCGUCUUUAUGGAGUAAAUUAAAGGAAACAUAUAAUAAUUCUAAUUAUAAUUGCGAUAUUGAAGAGAGUGAAAAUUAUUCAUAUGCCGUUAUUAAUAUAAACGCAUAUUUAGAUGAACUACAUUCAAUUAAAAAAUUUUUAUGGGACUCAGAUAAUGAGCCUUCUGAUAGGUAUAAAUGUUUAAUCUAUAAUAUUAAAAGGAAUGAUUAUAUGAAAAAUAUAUUUAUGCUUUUGUUUUCUAUCACUAAUUUUAGCACGAUAAAAAAAGAUCAAUUCAAAAUUAGCGAAGAUUGUUCUUUGCUAAAAUUCUUUAGUUAUUUUCCUGAAAUAUGUUGUCCAGAAGAAACAAAGACGGAAAAUUUGAAACCAUCAAGCUGUGAAUGCCAAGAAACGCAAUUAUUAAUACAAAAGACUGAUUGUCCUGCUUCUGUAGUAAAAGAAAUUGUGGAAAUACCAAAAAGCUCCCCCAGUACUUCACCAUCUCAAAUUGUUGUACCUGCUAUUUUAACAUUUAUAGGAACUUUAUUUUUAUGCUACCUUUUAUAUAACUUCACUCCUAUUGGAUCUUUAUUAUACACGCGUAUUAAAAAGAAAAAUAUAUAUAAAAAUCAAGAAAAAGGGAUAAUUCCAGAAGCAUUCAUAAAAAAGCGUAAUGAUGACUAUUAUCAAAAUUCUCGAACUACUGGGAACUAUAUAUCAUAUGAUCCUUUAUAA